CUUAUUUAUUACACAGACGAUGCCGUUAGCGGGUCCGCCGGUGCCUUCACAUCUAGUCGGACAAUCCUUUGUAAAAUGCGCGUUCGACAAGUUGAAAGAGUACAGAAAAUCCGUCUUCCUGAUUGAUGAAUCCACAAACAAGCAAUACACAUAUGAAAAUGUUUUGCAAAUGAGUACCAGCAUUGCAGUUAAACUCCAAAAGUUGGGAAUUAGAGAAAAUGUUGUCGUUUCUUCUCUCAUUGAUAAUAAUGUAGAAGCGAUAUCUUUUCAAUUGGGGUUAUGGUUCUCUGGAGGGACCUCCAACCCUGUGAACCAUUUUCAAACAUCAGCUGAAGUAAGAGCAAAUAUUAUGAUCAGCCGACCAGCUAUAAUCUUUUGUGGCAACCAAUAUCUCAGCAUGGUUGAAGAGUCGAUCAAAAAUAUUGGAUGGGAUAUAACAAUAAUAACAAAACACAAAGAGCCGCAGUAUUUAUCAUUUGAUGAACUUUUAAAUGAAGAUGUAUCAAAAUUCAGUGUAACAAUCGAUGAUCCUGCAAAUCACAUACCAGUGGUUUUAUUCACAAGUGGUACCACUGGAGUACCAAAAGCAGUCAAAAUAAAGGAUUCAACUAUGAUAGUAUUUCCAACUGCAGCGAGUUUGGACAAGUCCACAAGGACCCUAUUGACAUCGCCCAUGUUUUGGGUCUCCAACUGUUUUGUAAUAACUAAGACCAUUUUUUGUAACAAGACAUUUAUUUUACCAACGCAAACUGAUGCAGAAGGACUUUUAAAAUGCAUAGACAAAUUAAAGCCAGGAUUUUGGUUUACUAGUUCUUCACCCCUGCUUGAAAUGUGUCUGCUGCCGAAUCUUCAUGAAUAUGAUACAUCAUCUAUAAAAUAUAUUUUUAUGGGUGGAUCAUUCACUUCAACUGACCAUAAACAUCUGAUUUGUAAAAAAGUUUUCAAUAAUCGUAACAUUUUAUUAUCUGGUUACGGAUCGACAGAAGUUGGAAUUGUUUCUCAGAAUUUCAAGGAGUUGCCUGUAAAUACUCGCAUGUAUGAAGGUGUAGGUCAGAUCUCUCAUGGGGUUACUUUGAAAAUAGUAGACCUCACAUCUGGAAAAGAGCUAGGUCCUGGAGAAGACGGAGAAAUUUGUGUAAAAUCACAUUGCUUUAUGGCCGGUUAUAUGAACAAAGAUCUUGAAAAUACUGAGUUAGAUUCAGAGGGUUGGUGGCAUAUGGGAGACAUUGGUCACUACGAUGAGAGUGGUUAUUUAUAUUUUACAUCCAGGCUAAAAGAAAUAAUGAAAUUCAGAGGAGUCCAGAUUGCACCUGCAGAACUUGAGAAAAUACUUUACAAACAUCCUGAUGUCAUUGAAGCUUGUGUGGUCGGUAUGCAACAUGAUAUUGAUGGAGAAUGGCCCACCGCUUUUGUUAUAAAACAAUCAAAUUCGUCACUGACUGAAAAAGAAUUAUGUAAACUUGUUGAAGAAAAUGUAGCUGACUCAAAGAGGUUAAGAGGCGGCGUUCAUUUUGUUUCAUCCCUUCCAAAGAAUGCAGUUGGAAAAGUCGUACGAAAAGAACUUCUUAAAAGUUGUAACACUUAAAAUGUUAUCAAACUAUCCACUUAAAUAAAAAAAUAAUAUUUCAUAAGAA